AUUCAACACAAUGGAGCCCUUGCUCUCUCUCUUGGUUUACUCGUGUCUCCUCUUACUUUCGGUAGCUGUGUUCUUGUGCGUAAAGGCCACCUGGCCAAGCCCGAGGUUCCCUCCUGGACCGUUAAGGCUCCCAAUCAUCGGCAAUCUUCACCAAUUGGGUGAGAAUCCAUACCGCUCGCUCCGCUUCCUCUCGGAGAAGUAUGGCCCCCUCAUGAGCCUAAAGCUUGGUUGCAUACCAACUAUCAUCGUAUCCUCAUCGAAGAUUGCCUCCGAGAUUCUGAAGACCCAAGACGUCAUCUUUUGCACUAGACCUCCCCUCGUCGCCUUCAAGCGAUUCUCUUAUGGUGGACGGGGCAUAGGCUUAUCACCCUACGGCGAGCAAUGGAGACAAUUGAGGAGAAUUAGCAUGUUAGAAGUCUUCAGUGCAAAGAGGGUGCAAGCUUUUCAAUCUAUAAGGGAAGAAGAAGUAAACGUCCUAGUACAAACUCUAUUGAGGCGAGCAUCAAGUGGUCCGGUGAAUCUUAGUGAGAUGUCUUUCUGCCUCUUUAACUACAUCACAACUCGAGAAAUUUUCGGCAGGAGGAUUUCGAGCGAUGGUGACUGCACGAGCAGCAAAUACCAUAUUCUCCUAAAUGAGAUGAUGUCUUUGCUGGGAGGGUUUAUUUUAGGGGACUUCUUCCCGUCGAUGGGGUGGUUGGAUGUGCUCACCGGCACGAGAGCAAGGCUUGAGAGGAGCUUCCAUAGCAUGGAUGAGCUUCUUGAGGAGGAGAUCGAAAAGCACAUGCAUGGUGGAGGAAGCCGAGAUGACUUCAUUGGUGUUCUCCUCGAGAUUCAGAAGGAUUUAAGCCUUGGAUUCCCCCUCACCAGAGAUCAUAUCAAAGCAUCCUCAUGGUUCGAUCUUUAUGUGUUCCUUGGUGGAUCAGACACUUCUGCCUCCCUCUUAGAAUCGAAAAUGAUUGAGCUUAUGAGGAACCCACCCGUUACGAAGAAAGCCCAAGAUGAAGUUCGAGGACUUUUUGGAAAGAAAGGAAAAAAGGUAGAAGAGGGUGACGUUCAACAGCUAUAUUAUCUAAAGCUCGUAAUUAAAGAAGUUCUUCGGUUGCACCCUCACGGUCCAUUGCUAGCCCCUCGAGAAUGCAUGCAAGAUUGCAAGAUCAAUGGAUGUAAUAUUCCUAAGAAGACAAGGGUGUACAUAAAUGCAUGGGCUAUUAGCAGGGAUCCCCGGUAUUGGCAAGAUCCAGAAGCCUUCAUCCCUGAAAGAUUCGAGGACAAUGAUAUCAAUUUCAAAGGGCAACACUUCGAGUUCAUACCUUUUGGGAGUGGCCGAAGGAUAUGUGCAGGCAUGUCGUUGGGUGUGGUUUCUGCAGAGCUUGCACUUGCCAAUCUUCUCUAUAGGUUCGACUGGGAUUUGCCUGGUGGAAUGAGCAAAGAGGAUAUUAACAUGGAAGAGCAAUUUGGUUUAGUAAUUCGCAGGAAAUCACCUCUUAUUCUAGUGGCAACCCCAACAUCUGUCGUUUCCUAGAGCUGCCACCAUGAACCAGCA